GCCCACUCCAUUUUUGUAGAACAAAAUUUGGAGCUCUCCUUAUCCGAGUUCUUCUUCUUCAUCAUCAUCUUCUUUGUUCACAUUUGAAGGUCCCAUCCAUGGACGAGAAAAUUCAAGAUUAGGCUGUUUCGUUUGGGCUCAUAAAUCAAGUUGAGGACGUAUUGAACUGGCCUCUUGUAAUUUUUGCUUUUCUUUGUUUUUAGUUCCAUGCUUUGAAUUGAAUUAAAUUUAUUAGCUAAUUACAAAGAAAAAAAAUAGAUAAAUAAUGUCUUUUGUAAUCCCUUCAUCAACAUCCAUGAUUCCCUCUACUUGUUUUAACCAAUGUAAGGUUUUUCAUCUAAAGGCCAAUCAAACUACUUGUUUAUCUCCUUGUUUUACUCUUUUUCACGGGAAGCAUCCAUUUUGUAUUAUUGAAAAUGUACAUACAAUUUUCAGAGAGAAACCUCUUAGUGCUUUAAGAUGUAAUUAUCAGUCCAAUGGAGAAGAUAUCAUAUCUUUCGAUUAUGAAGAUGAAGAAAAAGAAGACAUUGAAGACACUGGCUCACCAUGGGAAGGAGCAGUUAUUUACAAGAGAAACUCUUCAAUAACACACGUGGAAUACUGCACCACCCUUGAGAGACUUGGGUUAGGGAAGCUUUCGACCGAGGUAUCAAAAUCAAGAGCUUCUGUAAUGGGGUUGCGGGUGACAAAAGCUGUAAAGGAUUAUCCUUUUGGAACACCAGUUCACAUCUCUGUUGAUAUAACAAGGAAGAAGCGAAAGUUGAGGCUUGACGGGAUCAUAAAAACCGUCUUCACUCUUGGAUGCAGUAGGUGUGGUGAGGCAGCUGCAGAAAGCAUCUUCUCCGAUUUCUCCUUGCUAUUAACUGAGGAACCUGUUGAAGAACCUGAGACCAUUGACAUGAGUAUGAUUUUUGGAGAAAACAAGAGCAAAGUUUUUACUGGAAAUGGUGAGGAUGGUGAGGAAGAAGAUGAUGAAGCUUCCAUUGAUUUUGAGGAUCGGCUCUAUUUUCCCCCUAAAGAAAAGGAAAUAGAUAUAUCGAAACACAUCAGAGACCUGCUGCACCUGGAGAUUACCAUCAGUUCUGUUUGUGAUCCAAAUUGCAAAGGCAUGUGUUUCAAUUGUGGUAUGAAUUUGAACACUAGUAAAUGUAUUUGUAGCAAAGAAGAGGUGAAAACUAAUUCUUUUGGACCUCUUGGAAAUUUGAAGAAGCAAAUGCAAUCAAAUAAAUGAAUUUUCCUAAUUACAUCAAA